AUGUUCAAACUGAUUGCUAUCAUCUCUGCCCUGUGUGCUGUUGCCCAAGCCGGUGUGAUUUCUCCUUAUGGAGCUCAUGGAUAUGGACUAGGAUACGGUGCCGCCUUGGCUCCUGCAUAUGCUGCUCCAGCGGUAAUCUCGCAUGCUCCGAUUAUCAAAUCCUAUGCUGCUCCUGCUAUAGUGGCUGCCCAUCCUGUUGCUACCUCAUAUGCAAACACCUACAAAGUGGCAACAAAGGCGAUUCCCGUUGUUCAUUCGGCUCCACUAGUGCAUGCUGCUCCUGCAGUUAUUGCGGCUCCUGCUCUGCACACCACCUCCACUUACCACGGCGGCUUGGGAUACGGUGGCUAUGGAUCUUAUGGACUGGGCUAUGCUGGCUAUGGACAUGCUUAUCUGCAUUAAGGACUUCCAAAUAUCGAUUAGAUUUCUCGUUGACGACCCACUUGC